AGAAAACAUAUUUGCGAUAUUAAUAGGAUUAUAGCGCGAAGAAUGAUCUAAAAUUCUAAUUCCUUCGCCAAGCAACAAGGAUUUAUCCCAUGGCGGAAACGGACACGGCGGGCCCUCCGGCUACAGAUCCGACUCCUUCUUGGUUCACUCCCAAGAGGCUUCUUGCUGUCUUUUGUGUAAUUAACUUGUUAAAUUACUUGGAUCGAGGAGCGAUAGCUAGCAAUGGUGUGAAUGGAAGUCAAGGGAGUUGCACAGCAAGUGGUACAUGCACAUCUGGUACUGGGAUACAAGGUGAGUUUAGCUUGACCAAUUUUGAAGAUGGGGUUCUUUCUUCAAGUUUCAUGGUUGGACUUCUGGUUGCUUGUCCAAUAUUUGCAACACUAGCAGAACGCGUUAACCCAUUUAGGCUCAUUGGGGUUGGAUUAUCAGUUUGGACUUUUGCUGUUAUUGGUUGUGCUGCUUCAUUUAAUUUCUGGUCCAUCACAAUAUGCCGCAUGUUGGUAGGUGUUGGUGAAGCAUCAUUUGUAAGUCUUGCUGCACCAUUCAUCGAUGACAAUGCACCUGCUUCUCAGAAAACAGCUUGGCUUGGAAUAUUUUACAUGUGUAUACCUAGUGGGUAUGCAGUUGGCUAUAUCUUUGGUGGAUUGGUUGGAGGUAUUUAUAAUUGGCGUAUUGCUUUUAUUGGAGAGGCUGUAUUGAUGCUUCCAUUUGCUGUUCUGGGGUUUGUUAUAAAGCCUUUGCAGUUGAAAGGUUUUUCUUCUUCUGGAUCCUAUGGAGAGCUGACAUCUGUGGAUUUGGUUGCCUCGGAAGUUCAAGAUAUGGAAGCUUCAUAUGGCAACGGUGGUGCAUUCUCCAUUGCUGAAGAUAGCUCGGGAAAAUCUUCCAGUUUAGCUACUAAUGCGAGGAAUCAGCUCUCAAAAUUUGUGAAAGAAAUCAAAGAACUUUUGGUUAAUAAGGUUUAUGUUAUUAACGUUUUAGGUUAUAUUGCAUAUACUUUUGUCCUAGGCGCAUAUUCAUAUUGGGGACCUAAAGCUGGUUACAGCAUCUAUCAUAUGACCAAUGCUGACUUGAUCUUUGGAGCAAUAACGGUUGUGUCUGGAGUAUUGGGCUCACUAGGAGGAGGCUAUAUCCUAGAUUUUAUGAGCAACACCAUCUCAAAUGGUUUCAAGCUUCUCUCUGCAACAACCUUUAUCGGUGCAAUACUUUGCUUCAGUGCCUUCUGUUUUAAGAGUGUUUAUGUCUACCUAGCCCUGUUUUCAAUUGGUGAACUAUUUAUUUUUGCUAUUCAGGGUCCUGUAAAUUAUAUUAAUCUGGAGGCCGUUAAACCAAAUCUGAGGCCAUUAUCUAUGGCCAUGUCUACUGUUGCAAUCCACGUUUUUGGAGAUGUGCCAUCCUCACCUCUUGUUGGAGUUGUUCAGGACCAUAUUAACAAUUGGAGGGCGUCUUCUCUUAUUCUUACAGCUAUUUUGUUUCCAACCGCUCUAAUAUGGUUUGCAGGUGUAUGCCUACCCACUGUAAACUCAUUGGACGAAAACAACGAUCAUCUCGAAGAAUCCACAACCAACCAGUCAAGCACAACACCAUUACUGGAAGGACGGUUAAUUAAGAUAGCCGAAUCUUCUUCUGAACCGUAAGUGGUUUUUAUUUCUGUUAUCUCAUUCCAUGCUUGUGGACUGCUGGGGUUUACAUGGCUUUCUCAUUGCUGUUCUUUAUGUAACUACGUUCUUUAGUUUGGUUAGGAACAGGAUGCAUAUGUAUUAGCAAUUAUGUGAAUAAGUAAAGCUUUGGUUAUUAGAAAAACCAAGGCCGAUUCACAUACAUUGCUUUUCCUAUGUAUAUUAAAAAGAGAUAAUUUAUCUCCUGAUUAAUUCAAAUUCAUCUGUGUAGGAUGUAGAUGUUCUGUAACUAAGUUCUUUUAAUUUUAAUUUUUAUGGUGUUUGAUGUUAUAGUUCUACAUUUACCAACUGUUUAGUUUGUAUUGUUGGAGAGUGUAAAUUUAUUCAUCUCUUUCUUUAGAAUAAAGCUUCCUACAUACUCGAAGGCA